AAGCAAGGCCCCGUAGUUGUGGUGCGCGCGGGUGGCUGUUGUUAGGCGGUUGGCGGCUCGGGGCUGGGGGACCCCCAGGAGGAGCGGACAUGUCGCAUAAACAAAUUUAUUAUUCAGACAAAUACGACGAUGAGGAGUUCGAGUACCGGUCAGUGCGAGCGCGAAGGGGGUAGCCAUGCUAUCGGCGGGCACGUCAUGUUGCCCAAGGAUAUAGCCAAACUGGUCCCUAAGACCCACUUGAUGUCUGAGUCUGAGUGGAGGAACCUUGGUGUCCAGCAAAGUCAGGGAUGGGUCCAUUACAUGAUCCAUGAACCAGAGCCUCACAUCUUGCUGUUCCGGCGGCCACUGCCCAAGAAGCCUAAGAAAUGAGAGAGCAUAGUACCACUUCUGCUCCAAGCUGUACAUAGCUGUCCUUACCUGCUAACAUCUUUCUGCUAAUAGUGUUGUCUUCUUGUUUCUCACUUGGGAUAUUUAAGGGAUGUUUGAAAGUGCUGGUGACUUUCUUGUUUCUUGAGCAAAGCUGACACUACCACCACCACCCCAUUGGGUGCUCUGAUGGAUGUAACUUCAGCUGAGCUUUGCCUCCAAAAGCCAUGGCAAGCUUUGUAUCAAGCUGAACACAUUGAGUAGAUGGACAAAGAGCCAAGAAUGACUGAAGAUUCAUCACUGUUUAGUUACGGGGCUUGUAUAAUUGUUGCUGUUUGUGGAGGGGGGGUUUUCCCUGCCAGGUUGUGUGUGAGGCAACUUAAUGGAUUUAUAUUUUCAUUUGUUGGAAACUUUCUAUUUUAUUCAAGAAAUGUCUGUUCUGUUUAAAUCCCUUGAAUAAAGAGGAAGUUUUUGUAAUUCAUUCUUGGGUUUCUUCAGCCUGUGAUCAGGAUGAACAUCAUUCAUGAGAUACCAGUGUCCUAAUUAUCUGAUUUCGCUGCUUUGCUGAUAAUGAAGCUCAUUUCAGGGAACUGAUUUUAAAGAUAGAUUAUUGAUUGCUCUUUAACAUCUGCUAAAAAGUUUUCAUUUUAAAACUUCACUGGCCUAGGACAGCUGACUCAAUAAAAUGCAUUGGUCUGUCA